UGAGCCAUAGGAAGCAUAACUUUUAAAUCCGUUAUAUUGAUAUUGAAUCAACAAUUGAAACAAAAACCAUUUAUAUUCAAAAAAUUUACAUCUACAUAAAUAAUAAAAAUGAAAAUUCAUUUUUGAAUUAUUCCGUUGUUAAAGAACACGUCACACAAGAUUAUUUCGUAAUACAGCGUAAUGGAUACCUGUGUGAGAGGUUUUUCUUACAUGCCGGAAAAGUUAGAAGCGACCAAUUUAAAGUAUGUUGAUAAUGAGGCCUUGGAACAGACAUGGAAGUCAAGUAGGCGCGAGAGAAAGAAACAACAAGAGCAGAAGAUAUGGGAGGAGUUUGUCAAGGAGCAGGAUAUAAUUAACAGUGUCUGUGCAGGUGUUUCAGACGACCCGUACCAGUUCAUCAACCAGCUGUCCGAAGACAAAAUAAAGGAGCUACUGGAAGCUGAACUCGAGGCCAUGAGGAUGGAGAGAAAGGCCAAUGCAGAGAUUGAAGAGCUAAAACAAAAGGAGAUCCUCGAAAAUUCAAUUGAAACUGGAAACAUGGAGGAGACCUCUGAUAAUCAUCAUGUGGUUUUUAUGGAGGAGAAGGAAGCGGAUGAUGGAGACGUGUUCCAUAUCUACGGUGAUGAUAAGGAUGAUGAUGUUUCUGGUCCUGAAGAUGAGGUGCUGAGUGAUGCGACCACUCCACCGCCCACGGUCAGGGAGAAGCCGGAGGAGUCCCGGGAGCCGGCCCACAAGACCUCAGAUCUUGUAUGCAGUACAAAAUCGAGCGAAAACGUGACGAGCGUUGUAGAAAACAGCAUCUACUGCGCCAAAGUGAAGGAACUGCGAGCGAAGAUAGACGCCGAACUCAACGAUAUUAUCCUCACAUUAGAGACCAAAGACAUUGUGAACCUCGACCCGACCACCAUUCCGAAAAUCAUGAAGAGGUCCACGGAGUUCUGCUCCAGGUUCAGUCGGAAUCACUUGUACCAGCUCUCCAGACAGAUACAAGACCUGCGGCGUCACAACAGUCACCCUUUGCCGUUUGCGAAGAACACUCACUUCCAAUCGCAGAUAGUCCGCGUGGCGUCCCUGCACCAGAACAGCUUACACGCCCUACAGAUAUUCCACAAGUCGAUACAACAGACUGCGUGCAUGGGAGACAGCGGAGAUCUGCUCAAGAGUCUGCUCCAGACGGUGUUAGAGAUGGGGCAAGUGUGCGGCGAGCUGGUGGUGCCGCCUGGCCUCGGAGCCACCAACCUGUACCUCGACGCAAUUCAAUUUUCUUGCGAAAAACUGCAAUGUGUAAUUGAGGAGUACACUCUUAAACUGUCGGAGUUUCUGAACAGCACUGAGAACACGAGUAACUCCUGUUCGAAGAGGUCCAGCAGGUUGAAGACAAAUAUGAAGUCUGCCAAGUGGUCUAAGCCCGGAGGACCAAAAUCAUUUGGUGAGACGGAGCCGCGACUGUCUAUGUACUCCCUGGAUCUGAACCUACACAGUCGCUCCAACAUGCGCGACAACCACUCUGGAGGAACAUCAAAAGUCCGCGCUUGUAUCAGCGGACGAAGCAAGGUGGCCUCCGACUCUACGAAAGCUUCUCCAAGAAAGGGAAAGAAGACCCCUCGGGUUCGACGACCUUUGAUGCGGGACCCCCAGGUGGGCCAACCUCGCUGCAAGCCCACGCGGGAAUCCGACGUCACCACGCUGGUCGAAAGUGUUGCCAAUUGUGAGUCGAGCCAUAUAAGCCCCGAAAAUUCACCACUACAGACUCCUAAAGACAUGACACCUAGGAGACGUACAAUCAAAAAAAUUGUCAAAACUAAUGAGAAAUCCCAAAAAGUCAAAUCUACUCUCAUUAAAUCGUCAAAAGAUGGGCAAAGUCAUAGAGAAUUUAAGAAAGCAACUGACAACGAAUAUGUAGAGGAAUUAGAAUCAGUACGAAUUACCUCCAAGCGAUACAUUGACCUCUUAACUCCCAUAAAUAUUUUGCCUGACCUAGAUACAGCAGAGAAAGCUUACGCCAUAAAUGAUCAAGAGACGGUGAGGUCCAGUAAAAUGACACCCAGAAAGAAUAUGGAGAAAAAGUCCUCCAGAAGUGUACCCAAAAAAGAUGUACACACAGUAACGCCAGACAAUACGCCUAGAAAAAAUAUAGACAAAAUAAAUUCCAAAAAUACACCAAGAAAAGAUCUAGACGAUCGAGCUAUCGAUGUGACACCCAUAAAAGACACAGAUUCACGUAAUAAAAACACACCAAGACAUAUUGAUGAUGUGGGCGGGUCUGAUACAGCAACAACGACCAGGAAAGAUAAUGGACGAAGAGGUGAAAGGGUCAAAAAGGCGUCAGAUGAGCUGGUGGGAUGCGAGGUAUCCAAGUUGCUGUGGCAGCUGUGCGGUGGAGAUAGCGCGGGAAGCAGACAGGAGCGUGUGUCUGGUGCAAAGAAUGCCCAGUUGGUUUGCGUGAGCAGUGGAAGUCCGCGGCAGCCGAGCACGCCACAACUGCUUCGGAUUCUUGAAGAAACAAUACAAAAGAAAACACCAAGAUCAUCGCACCGCAACACCAAGGACUUGGACAAGUUCCGCAUGAACUUGAACAUUCCGGAGGCCAUCAGUGAGGAGCUGUUCCAGUACAGGACGAAGUUCAUUCUCCACAUGCUCACCAGCUCCUUGUAUGCAAAUAGCGCAGUCCACAAGCCUUGGGAAGUGAUUGGCAGGGUCUCGGAAGAAAUAAUUGACGAACUACUGCUGAAGUGCGCUGAUGAUAUGCAACUCAACGAAUACGUGACAAAUAUGUACAAAAGCGAGACUUGUUGACUUUAAUUUUGUUAAGAUGUUUAUGAUAUUUGUGGUUUACUGAUUUUGAUGAAAAUUAUUUUUCAAUA